CAACCAAUCAGGGACAGCGUGCGCCUAUUUAAGUGUUAGAGGUGGACAGUCGCCCAUGUGUUUCUCAACAGACACGAGGGAAAGGCAUACACAUCCAAGAAACAAUGAAGCUGGCUGUGCUGCUCUGUUUUAUCCUGGUGAUUUCUGUCCAAACCCUGCAAGUUGGGGCUGCAGAAUCUAAUCCACAAGGACCCGUGGAGAAUUUCUGUGAGUGGUAUGGAAGGUUUUGCACUAAGGAAUGGGAUCCAGUAUGUGGCAGUGAUGGACAUACAUACUCCAAUGAAUGUUUACUCUGCCGGGAAAAUAGAUUUAAACCGAACAAAGUGAAAGUGGCAUACAAGGGUAAGUGCAGACCAAUACAUUGCCCCGCAGUUAUUGAUCCAGUAUGUGGCACUGAUGGACGGACAUACGACAAUGGGUGUGCUAUAUCCGCCGAUAAUGGACCGAAUCACAAUGUAGAGGUGGCAUACAAGGGUGAGUGCUUUACUUGUAACACGGAUGUAAGAGAAUGCCCCAAGGUAUAUUAUCCAGUAUGUGGCAGUGAUGGACGUACAUACAGCAGUGCAUGUCAUCUCUGCUUGGAAAAUGGAGGGAAUCCGAACAAAGUGAAGGUGGCAUACAAGGGUCAAUGUAAGAGAAUUUGCCCCACAGUUUAUGAUCCAGUAUGUGGCACUGAUGGACAAACAUACCCCAAUGACUGUGUUUUGAACCAGCAAAAUGGACCGAAGGAUAAAGUAGAGGUGGCAUACAAAGGUGAGUGUUUUACCUGUGACAUGACCAGAAGAGUAUGUGCCGAGAUAUAUGAUCCAGUAUGUGGCAGUGAUGGACGUACAUAUAGCAGUGCAUGUCAUCUUUGCAUUAAAAAUGGAUGGAAUCCGAACGAAGUGAAGGUGGCAUACAAGGGUCAAUGCAGUAGAAUAAUUUGCCCUACAGUUUAUGAACCAGUAUGUGGCACUGAUGGACGUACAUACCCCAAUGACUGUGUUAUCGACCAGAAAAAUGGAGAGAAUCACAAUGUAAAGGUGGCAUACAAGGGUGGGUGCUUAACCUGUGACAUUGACGGAAUACAAUGCGGCCCGAUUUAUAAUCCAGUGUGUGGCAGUGAUGGACGUACAUACAGCAGUCUAUGUUAUCUCUGCAUGGAAAAUGCAGGGAAUCCAAAUGAGGUGAAAGUGGUACACAGGGGUGAGUGUGCCGUGGCUGAUCCCUGUGUGAAGUAUGGAAGAGAUUGUCCCACGAAAUGGGAGCCAGUAUGUGGCAGUGAUGGAUAUUCAUACAUUAAUGAGUGUCACCUCUGCCAGGAAAAUAGAUUGAAUCAGAAGAAAGUGGAGGUGGCACACACGGGUUGGUGUUGAAUGUGGCAUGUUCCCUAAAGUCUGUCAAUUAAUGUAAAUACUUUGUGUCUUCUGCAUAUCCUCACAAAGUGGCUGAUAAUCACAUGCUAGAGUAGAUAAUAAUGAAAAGAAUGUUCCAGAAUUUUGAGUGAGACCUAACUGUGGCGAAAUGACCUUAUACCAACUUCUUUGAGA